CGCGCUAUGAUUGCUAUUCAGAGCGUCCAAUCAGCAGCGGGGUCAGCUCAGUUUCCUCGCCAAUGAUCGUGAUUGGGAGUGGAACGCGCGGAGUUUGGAGGGUCAGGAGCCGGAAGUUAGGGAGCGCGAGGAGAUUGUGAAGGUGUAGAAGGAGACCUUUCUGUUUCGUUGUGUGUGUUCCUGGUUUUCCCAUUGAGUUUCGUGAUGUAGUGCCAUUCUUCUGCCUCCCCGAACCCCUACACGCUGUUUUAACUCCAGUAUUCACCUAAAGAACUCGAGUGUCUCCAUUGAACCCGAAAUUUCGAAAUUUUGAAAAUGGAUCGAGAGAUGAUUGUGCGGCUGUGUGUUAAACUAGGGAUCGAAUCAAGGAAAGUGAUCCAGAAAGCAGAAGAGUACUUGCGUCUGUCAGAGGUGAAGUGCACAGGAUUUUCUGCACAUGUGACUGCAACCAGCAGCACAAUAAUGUGUCUUGAUCUUGCAGCAACUUGCCUUAAAUAUCCACUGGACAAGGAUCGUGCUCUAAAACUGUCUGGCUUGACCAAGAAGGCUUACCAGGUUCAUUUGAAAGCAUUGGAAAGUAUCCUUGGAAUAUACUCUCAGCUAGGAAUCCGAGAUCUUGCAGUUCAAUUUGGCUGCACAGAGGCAGUAGAUGCAUCAGUCAAGAUUCUGAAGAGAUAUGAAAGUAGUCUGUCAGAAGCACAGCAAAGUGAUCUUGACUUCUCAAAACCACUCUUCACCACUGCAGCUUUAUUUACUGCAUGCAAAUGCUUGAAAAUUAAGAUUGAUAAAUCCAAACUCAUUGCCUCGUCGGGUGUGAAAAAGACCAUCUUUGACCGACUCUGCUCUCAGAUGGAAAUGUUUGGACAACUUAUUUGCAAUAAAUCUAUUGAAAAACCAAGACACAAUAAGAGACAUAAGCCAUUGGAAGAAAAACUAGAAAAUGAGGAUGAUGAAGACGUUGCAACAGAACCCAAACGAGAAAAGCCUGAAUCUAAAGCAACUCAGGAACAGGAAUAUGAAGACUGGAAAAGGCGGAUUCUAGAAAAUGCAACCAAAGUCAAGCAGAAUAGUUCUUAGUUCACCCUUUUGAAUUUUUCAAAUCUGCAAAACUUGUUUGAAAUUUAUGGUGGCAGAAAUGAAAUCUAAUGUUCUGCCAAUUAAACUAUUGGUUCACUGUAAAAUCAGAA